CGAAGGCCGUAGGAGGAAAGACUGCGAUUAAAACACUUGCACUAGCACGUUUUGCAUUACGCUGUCUCUAGUAACAUCGGAGUAACAUGGCCGGGGGCCAGGCGUAAACUUGCAGUGUUCAAAUUGCAACUCCACCUUCAUUUGGCACGCGACAUGAUCUUUUAUUCGCAGUUCUUAUUGUAAGAAACUGCAAGGGCGACUUGCGCUGAAGACAAGACGUGGUGUAACAUUGGUGUUACAGUGUGUGUACAUAGACACAGCACAGGCAGGGCCUCCACCCAGUUAUAGAGUCACCAUUAGUACGCAGCCAGCGUAAAAUAUAGCAGAAACCAUCUCCGAGCUGAGUAGGAUGACACAACGGUCACCUAGGAAAAGCCCACGCUUAAACGAUGGCCAGGAGAUAGCUACCACGGCGAGUGGGACGCAGACAAAGCGGACAAGUAGAAUGAGAUUCUCUAGCUACAGUCGGCUGGUGAGGACGACGGCUUGGGUUUUAAGGUUUACGCGCUGGAGCCGUGGACAGAGGACUGAGCUUGAGAGAUUCGGCCUCACCGCGACGGAGUGUGAGAACGCUGAGAACUUACUGAUACGGCGAGCGCAAUGCGAAGCGUUCCCUGACGAGGUUCGAGCCUCAUACAAUGAAGAAUCAGUCGGUCAUCGAAGCGACAUAAGAGGGCUGGCGCCAUACUUGGAUGACAAUGGAGUCUUGCGUGCGUAUGGCAGGAUCGAUGCCGCACUGUGUAUACCGCAUAGUGCGAGAAGGCCAAUAAUAUUGUCACACCGGCACGCACUGACGGAACUGAUUGUGUAUCACUACCAUGUGAAAAUUAAGCAUCAAAACGUGGAUGCAACGAUAGGUGACAUCAGGACCAGAUUUUGGAUAACAAAGCUGCGUCGACUGUUGCGUACAGUAAUAUCUGGAUGUAGUGUGUGCAAACUACAUAGAGCGCAGCCAGCGCCACCUAUAAUGGGUCCUUUGCCAGAGGACAGACUGGAGGCCAAUGGAUGGCCAUUUAAGUUUACGGGUCUGGACUAUUUUGGACCACUCCUUGUGACGAUCGGACGUCGAAAGGAAAAGAGAUGGGUCGCCUUGUUUACGUGUCUGACGACAAGGGCCAUAUAUUUGGAGCUGGCACAUGACCUGUCAACUGAUUCCUGUAUAAUCGUAAUCAGGAACUUUCUUUGCCGUCGCGGACCUGUACUGAGGUUGCGCAGUGACAACGGAAAGAACUUUGUUGGGGCCAACAGAGAAGCCAAAAGGCUAAUAGAUGUAUUCGAGCCGGAGAAGAUUCAGGGUGAGUUAUCUUCUAGAGGCAUUGAAUGGAUCUUCAACUGCCCAGCGAACCCAGCUGAAGGGGGAGCCUGGGAGAGGAUGGUGCAGUGUGUCAAGAGAGUGCUACGCCACACAGUAAAGGAAGUGGCACCAAAGCAACACGUACUGGAGAGUUUCCUGAUUGAGGCCGAGAACGUUGUGAAUUCUCGCCCGCUUACCCACUUGCCGGUGUCUGUGGACCAAGAAGCCCCCCUAACACCGAACGAUCUACUCAAAGGAGUGGCCAAUCUGCCUGACACGCCCGCUAUCCACGAGCAGCCGAACGAGAGAUGCGUCACGAGGAAGCAGUGGCGCAUGGCGCGGCUGUUACGAGACCGUUUUUGGAAGCGGUGGGUCUUAGAGUACCUGCCUACACUUGUGCGACGCGUGAAAUGGUGUGCGCGCGUUGAGCCGAUACGCCAUGGUGAUAUGGUGUUUAUAUGCGACCCGGCCGUGCCACGCAGAGAGUGGCGAAGGGGCAUAGUGGAGGAGCUCUACCCUGGACCAGAUGGAGUGCCUCGACGCGCCAGCAUCCGCGUGGCGGACAACAACCGAGUGCGACUGAUGACUCGUCCCGUGGCUAAACUAGCCAUACUGGAUGUGAGUGAAGCAGGGCCUUCACGGGGGCGGGGAUGUUGCGGGACGAAUUAAUUUAUCGAUUGUUUAGUAUUAAGUAUAUUCUGAAAGUAUGUAUAUUUGCCCUCCGAAUGUACGGGCACACUGUAUUUGGCUUGUUGCCGCCAUUACUUAAAUGUUAAGCUCAUUAUUGUCGUGAGUUCGAAG